AGUAAAAAACCACAAGGGUAGUGUGGUGUUUCUGUUACAUUUCUCUGUCUCCAUUCUUUCUUCUCUUCAUUGUCGCCACACACACAUUCACACUGUUGCUUUAUAACUUCUUCUCCACCGUGUCAACCACCGUGUCACGCGUCAUGUAUUGAAUAAAGGAAAAAGCAGAAACACGAGAUUCACAGUUCACACUGCACAAAACAACAAUCUUUGCAAUAUAACUCUGUUUUGGAAUCAGUUUACUCUGUUCUGUAAUCAGUUAAACUCUGUUUUUGGAACCAGUUUUGGAGAAAACUAGGAACGGUUUGGCCAAAAGGGUAUUUAUCUAUUGAUUCAUUGUGUCAGAGCAGAAGAAGGAGAAGAAAAAUGGUGUUGGUAAACAACUUUGGUGUGAACAAGAACAACAACAACAAGAACAACCAGAGUCAUGAGGGAAUGAGACUUGGGAAAUAUGAAUUGGGUAGAACUCUUGGUGAAGGCAAUUUUGGCAAAGUCAAGUUUGCUAAGAACAUUGAUUCUGAUCAACCUUUUGCCAUUAAGAUCAUUGACAAGAACAAGAUCAUUGAUCUCAAUAUCACCAACCAGAUAAAGAGGGAAAUAGCUGCCUUGAAGCUUCUCAGACAUCCUAAUGUUGUUAAAUUAUACGAGGUCUUGGCUAGCAAAACAAAAAUUUAUAUGGUACUUGAGUAUGUCACAGGAGAGGAGUUAUUUGACAAAAUUGUAUCCAAGGGUAAACUUAAUGAAGAUAAAGGUAGAAAGCUGUUCCAACAGUUGAUUGAUGGUGUGAGCUACUGCCACAGUAAAGGUGUCUUUCAUCGGGAUCUUAAGCUCGAGAAUGUACUGGUGGAUACCAAAGGAAAUGUAGAGAUAACAGAUUUUGGCCUUAGUGCUAUGCAGCAGCAGUUUAGGGCAGAUGGAUUGCUGCAUACAACUUGUGGAAGUCCCAAUUAUGUUGCGCCGGAGAUUAUUGCUAAUAGGGGCUAUGACGGUGCAACAUCAGAUGUGUGGUCAUGUGGCGUUAUCUUGUAUGUGAUCCUAACCGGAUACCUACCUUUUGAUGAUAGAAAUCUUGCAGUUCUCUAUCAAAAGAUUUUUAAAGGAGAUGUUCAGAUACCAAAAUGGCUAUCAGCUGGUGCACAGAACAUUAUAAAGAGGAUUCUUGAUCCCAACCCUGAGACGCGGAUAACAAUGGCCGGUAUCAAAGAAGAUCCAUGGUUCAAGCAGGACUAUACUCCAGCAGAUCCUGAUGAUGAGGAAGAUGAUGUAUAUAUUGACGACGACGCCUUUUCCAUCCAUGAAUUGCAGCAUGAAGAAGAACAUAGGAGUCCAGGAUCGCCGACCCAAAUCAACGCAUUUCAGUUGAUAGGGAUGUCUUCAUUCCUAGACCUCUCUGGAUUUUUUGAGCAAGAGCAUGUCUCUGAGAGGAAGAUAAGGUUUACAUCAAAUCUUUCAGCCAAAGAUCUGAUAGAGAGGAUUGAGGAUACUGUGACAGAAAUGGGAUUUAGAGUCCAGAAGAAAAAUGGCAAAUUGAAAGUGAUCCAAGAGAACAAGGUGCAAAAAUCUCUAGGCUGUCUCUCAGUGAUAGUAGAGGUCUUUGAAAUAAGCCCAUCACUGUUUGUAGUGGAAUUGAGGAAGUCUUGUGGAGAUGCCUCUGUAUAUAGACAGUUAUGCAAGAAGUUAUUGAAUGAUUUGAGUGUUCCUCCAAGGCAAGCACUAGUAAGCUCAGAAGUGAAUUAGAAGCCAGAUUUUUUUGACAUCAUUUUUCCAGUUGGAGAGAUAUAUAGAUGAUUUUGAAAUCAAUUGUAAAUGACUUAUAAAUUAAAGAGUAAUAGUAUGUUUCUGCGUGAUUCCUCAUAA